AUGGAAGGUAGCAGCUCAAACAACGUCGAAAAUAUCUUCCUUCCCGCCCACGAUCCAAAUGAGUUACGAAACCGACAGAACGAACUUGAGAAGAAAGAAGCACGGAUUCAAGAGCUGAAGAAACAAAUUGAAUUAACCAAGCUUCAUUUGGAGGAGAUGAAGAAGAAGCCAGGUGCAAAGGAGAAAAUGGAAGCUUUCAAUCACCUGGUUGAGGCAUAUAACCGCAUGAGAGAGGAGUACAAUCCAUGGUUGGCUGAGAGAUCGAGGGACUCCAACAAGUGA